AGUGUUUGGACAUCUGGAGAAACCGUUCUUCCUGGAGCUGUGUCGAUUCAUGGAGACCAUAACACUGAGAGCUGGCAGCUUCUUGUUCAAGGCUGGGGACCCUGAUGAUAGCAUUUAUGUUGUGCAGCAGGGUUUGCUAGAAGUCUACAUUAAUGAUUCUGAUGGGACUGAGUAUCUAGUGAAACAGGUUGCCACUGGUGCAAGUAUACACAGCCUGCUUUCCAUCUUGGAUGUGCUGACGGGACAUCCUGGAACUUUCCGGAGUGUGUCUGCCAGAGCCAAGACAGACUCCACCAUUCUGAGGUUGCCUGCACAUGCCUUCAACUCCAUGUUUGAGAAGUUUAAUGAGUCUGCAGUCAAGGUUGUUCAGAUAAUCAUGAUUCGCCUACAGCGAGUAACUUUUUCAGCUCUGCACAAUUACCUGGGUUUGAGCAAGGAACUACUGAAACCUGAUGGUAAUGGGAACACUAAAGAGCUGAACAUACACCGCAUCAGCCUGUCUGGCAUUGGGAGCCCUAAUAAGGUC